GCUCACCCCUUUGGGGCGUUUCUAUUUUUAGCAUCAGCUGUUGCAAUACAAAGAUUAGCUACUCAACGUAUUGUUUCGCAGAUGUGGGGAGCUCACUCCCGUCUGAGGCGAAAGGGCGGCGGUGGUUUGAAGCCGUGAAAGAGGGAGAUGAGGAGGGAUAUGUCGGUGGCGUGAGGGACGUUUUCUUUGUGCUCACGACCGCGGAGCUCGUAUCGCCAGGUGUGUCUCAUCAGCCACCUACUAGCCUAGCAUUCCCACCUUUACCACCAGCGUCGAGGUAGCGAUGGCGACCAGCGCUGUGCCAAGUGACAACCUGCCAACGUACAAGCUGGUGGUGGUGGGGGAUGGUGGCGUUGGGAAGAGCGCCCUCACCAUCCAGUUUUUCCAGAAGAUCUUUGUGCCAGACUACGAUCCCACGAUAGAGGACUCAUAUCUUAAACACACAGAGAUUGAUGGACAGUGGGCAAUACUGGAUGUGCUGGACACAGCCGGUCAGGAGGAGUUCAGUGCGAUGAGGGAGCAGUAUAUGAGGACAGGAGACGGCUUCCUCAUCGUCUUCUCUGUGACGGACAAGGCCAGCUUUGAACACGUGGACCGAUUCCAUCAACUCAUACUACGGGUCAAAGACAGGGAGGCCUUCCCCAUGGUGUUGGUGGCAAACAAAGUGGAUUUGGUCCAUCUGAGAAAGGUCACCUCUGACCAGGGCCAAGAGAUGGCUGCAAAACAUAGUAUAACUUAUAUUGAAACCAGUGCCAAGGAUCCUCCGAUGAAUGUGGACAAAGCCUUUCAUGAGCUGGUUCGUGUUAUAAGACAACAAGUCCCCGAGCGAAACCAGAAGAAGAAAAAGAAGAUGAAGUGGAGAGCAGAACGUUCCACGGGCUCCCACAGGUUCCACUGUGCCAUAUUGUGACCUCCCUCGUCCUGUUUAUCAUUCGUAACGUACACAAAUCCACACGCACACCCACAUACCUUUGGGAUAUCCCCGAAGGAACUCCCAGCAGUGGUGAACCACUGGAGCACAAAAGUGAGGGGUGGAGGGGGGUCGACGAAUGGCUGGAUGGAUCUGGAGGGACAGAAGUGAUACUGAAAUGUUGGACUGAUGUCCCCUCAACCCUUCACAAUGCCUUGGAACGAGUGCUAUGCCAUCUCUACUCAAUUUAUGGUCCCUUUCAAAAGGUCUAUAGAUUCCUCCAAUCUGUAUUCAACACAGAACUACAGUGUCACUGAACUGUUUCUCAAUCAAGUGUAAGUUUUGAAUUUAAUAUCAAAUGUGGCACAAGAUGACAGACUCAGUGGGGGAAAGCAAAGAGAGCAGACUCACCCUGAUCGUUGGAACGGGAAGGAAGAAGGACAAGGCUCGUGUUCUCUAACUCUGACAACCUGCUGGUCAUCACCUUUCUGUCAUCACCCUCCUACAGUUUCUGGAAGAAAAGCACCUGAUAUGCUACCUGAGUUCUCUCUUCAUAGAGUGGACAUCAUAAGGGCCUGACGGAUGGAUACGAGAGCGGUGGCGGGGACUUUUUUGGUAGUGAAAAUAGAUGUUGUGUGGUGUUGUCUGGGAGUGUUGGCGUGCACCUCGUGGUCAUGUGAUGCUCUAGUUUUGAAAUGUCAGUUCAGAGAGGAUGGAAGGACGUGUUGAAGAGAGCAAGAGAAAUGUGACAUGAUGCUGAGAGAAAAGGCGAAUGAUCUGGUCAUAUCAGUGUUUAAAUAUUGUGGUUGUAAAGGAAAGUAAGAUUGGUCAGUGUGUGUUUUUACACUUUGAUGUGAACAGAACAGGGUUUACACCAACACUGACGUGUCAGCAGCCAUUUUUACAGAUUAUUUUCCCAUCAAAAAUAUAUCAGAGCCACUUUACAUCAUGUAUUUAAAAAGAAUUAUGGUAAAUCUAGGUUGCCUCAUCAGUCCAGGUGAGGGCAGCCUUCAUCAGUACUGUAUCAACAAUAGCCCUGAAAUAUUUUGUCUUUGCAGUCUUACAAAUUCAUGUUACUUUCCAUGUUUUGUUUUGUUUUUGUAUCUAAAAAAAAUAUAGAAAGUAAAACUUAUAUUUGUGAUAUAACAUGAUCUAAUUCUAAGUGGCAAUGUAAACAAAUUCAAUGCUGUUUUACAAAAAACAUCUGUAGGAAAUUCUUAAUCGAUAAGGGAUAGUGAGAGCUUCACGUUUCCGAUGUGAAACAGGCUGGAGAAGCUGAUUUGCACUGGCCACUAACCAAAAUAAUGUGAUGUCACUUUAUUUCAAUCUUGGGGCUUUUCAGAAUGAAUUCAGGAGAACGUUAUGAGAAAUAAGAAGAAGAAUCAUGCUCGGUGAAGGACGGACGCUCCUUAAGUUCGGGGAGUUAGAGAGCCUGUCCGAUGCGGGCGGCAUGAAGCCAUGUUAACCUAGCUACAGACUAGUUGUAGGAGAGCCACACACUCGGAGCAGCAAGACAUUCUGCGUAUUCAUGUUCGUAGCUGUGAGGUGGAUAGGAAUGUACAAUUUAAUAACCUACGAAAUGGCUUGUACUGUUAACGCACUAAAGUUUCAGUGGACAACUCUUUUUUUUGUGUGUGUGUGGAUGAAUAUACCGUCUCUUGAAGGAAUACAUUUUUGCACUUUUAAUACAAUUUCUGACUUUCCUAUUGGCAUGUUGUUUUCUGUUUAAAUCUGUAAGCGAAAUGAAAGGCACAGUAAAAAAAAUAAAUAAAUAAACAAUUUGAAUGUAAAAUGGAAUAACAAAACAAGCAAAUAGGCGAUUAGUGUUGUAGCCCUGUGUGCCUGUGUAUGCCUGUUGCCUCGGCGGUGAUUGUAACGGCGACUGAAUAAGCUGGGGUUUAAUCAUUCGAGAGGUGUUGAAAGAAAAGUUCUGUGUUUUACUCAGUUUUGAUUGAAUGGCAUAACAAAAAUUCACCUCAGCAUGAAAGUGGAAAAUCAACCUCAGCAAAAAGAAGGAACACAGUAUUAAUCCACAUCUACUGUUAAAGGGACUUCGCAGAGAGAGAAAAGAAAACAUUCAAGUACUGAUCAUUGAGCAGUGAAGCAACAGACUCUGGAUCUUUGGGGAGCUAAAAAAAAAAAAAAUACUGAAUGUGUUUGAUGAAAAUGUUGCAUCAUGUAUGUUUGAUACCAUUUUGUAUUAUUGAUAUGAAUUAUUGAUAUGAUUCUUGCAAAGUGUUUUUUAAACAACUGAAUAAUUUAUUACUGUCUAUGUUACCUCAGCGUGUCCCAGACCUGGACAAAAAGCUAAACUCCCCUUCUCCUUUUUUUUUUUUUUUUUUUUUUGUCGUUGGGACUGUCAGUGGUUCAGAGGCCUUUUGCCUUUGAGACCUGAUAUGAAGAGACUCUGAUGUGUCGUGGACCGAGAUGAAGGAACAGAAUUUGGUCCUGAACUUCAAAAAAAAAAAGAAAGAGCUUAAGGACCUCUGCUUUACUGGAGCUCAUGUGGCUGACCUCACAAGUGAAAAUGUAAUAACACAAGGGUCACAACAAGGAGAGUUUGUUGUCCAAUUUUUAAUAUGUUUGUUUGUUCAAUGUGAAAUUUCUUACAGGAAUAGUUUGACACUUUGGGAAAUGCACUUAUUCACAGUAGCAGGCUUUGUCUUUGCUUAGGUUUUAGACUUCCAACACUUAGUCCAUUAAAUAAAUAAUAGCUGCCAACUAUUUUGUUAAUUGCUAAAGUUUUUUUUGUGCACAUAAAUGCUGUUUUCAGCUUCUCAAAUAUGGACAUUUUCUCUGUUUUAUGUCAUAUUAAACUGAAUAUCUUUGGGUUUUGGAUCACCCUAGACUUUGAGGAACAAAUUUUCGACAUUUCAUAGCAAAAUCAGCAAUGAAAAUAACUGUAUGUUGCAGACCAACCUAGAUUAGACUAAAAGACUGGAAAGCAGCUUGCCUGGACCUGUCAAGAGGUGACAAAAUCAGCCAACCAGCACCUCUAAAACACACUCAUUGAAUAUGUUAUAUUUAGUCUGUUCCAUGUGUUUGAGUUGUAAUUUCAUGUGGGUUUAUGUGCUGGAUUAUUUUGUACCUUUUGACUGGCCCCAUAUAUCUGUUUCCCCGUUUUUAUUUCUCAACUACCUUCAUAUUUAUGUUGCAUUCCAGAAUCCAGUCAUCUUCAGAGGCCAUAAUUUCCCAAACUCCAAGCGUACCAAGUGCCAAAAUAAUAAUAAUAAUAAAAAAAGGUCUUUAUGCUAAGCUAAGCUAACUGGGAUUUUGUCUAGGCGCAUAAUUAUGAUGCAACCAAGCUACUUUCAGAAGUCGCAAUUCCUCACUUGAUAUUUCCAGCUUCGGACAUCCAAGUUUACCAGCUGCACGCAAAAGUAAACAAAAAAGUCUUUAUGCUAAGCUAACUAGCAUGCUGACUAGCUUCGUUUUUAUGUUGUGUUCCAGUUAAUGUCAGAGGUCGUACUUUCCCAGUUGAAAUUUCAAACUUCUUACUUCCAAAUGAUUCCAGGAUCAUGCCAAAAGCUAACAACCCCCUUUUUAAUUUUUUUUUUUUUAAAUGCUUAGCUAAGCUAGCGGGCAUGCUACCUAGCUCCAUAUUUAUGUUGCAUUCCAGAAUCCAGUCAAAUUAAGGAGGUCAUAAUUUCCCACUUGGUUCUUUCCAACUUCCAACCACCAAGUUUUCCAGAUGCACAAACGUAAAUGUAAACAAAAGAAUGUUGCUGGCCGUGACAAACAGUAGCACAAAUAAAAAAAGAGUGGUAUCAGUCUUCUCACCUAUUUCUCAAUAAAGUGAAUAAGGGCAUUUCCAAAUAUGUUGCACAGUUCCUUUAAGCAGAACGAGCUCAUGUACCAGUCUGGUGUCUUCUAGUUGACUAUUUAACUUUUGGGUUUGAGGUCCAAAAUCAGUUUGAAACGAGAAAGUUACCUUUUUCUCAAAUGAGUCGUUGUGGCUGGUACAAAGAAACCUGCUGAUUUGUUGUGCCGUCUUCACAUUUCAGGUAGACCAAACACAAAUGCUGAAAGUGAAUGAAACGUACCAGUUGUGUGACCCUGGAGUAUAUGUGAGCUGAAGUGAGCACUUUUGUUUGCAUGAAUUGGGAGAGGUAGCACCAAGUAUUAUUGAAGUUAUGCAAAUUGAUUUGAGUUGUGUAUGUCCUGAAACUUUGUCGGUAUGUAAAGGGCCGCGUAAACUUUUAAGUUUGGAAUACAAAAAAACAAACAAACAAACAAACUUUGGAUUUGUGUAAUGUGUGUUUUUGGACAGGUCUGUUGUGUUCUAACUGGCUGUGUCAGACUGAGGAGCUAGACGAGGCACAAACAAACUGUGGCCUUUUUAUCUAGCCUCAGGGGUCGAUUAUAUUUCAAUAAAGAAAUACAAGUAUUGUGACUUUA